UAGGACCUGUCCGGUCCGCACUUGUUUCGCCUCGGACCGUUUUGCCUGAUGCACUCCGUCCUCGGUAACCAUCAUGGCGUCCGGGUACCUGUUAAAUCGUGGAGUGCUCGCGCUAGGAAUCCACGGUCAGCGUGUUUGCAGAAACGUGUUAUUAACACAAGUGAGAGAGAAAAAGCGAUGGAUGAAAGCAUACAAAUUACUGAUGGCAAAGAAGCUGAAGCUCGAAGGACCUCCACCACCGACCCCACGGUGAGGCUAAUGCAACUUAGCUAAAAGGAAUCCACUAGAGAACAUUUCAAGGCCAUCUAGGUUGUAAAUACAUAAACCAGUUUCUGUGUACAUGAGGCCUAGAAUACCUGACAGGUUUAACACAGGAAAUUCAGAACAGCGCUGAGCUCUGAAUUAAACUCUAACAUUGUCUUUGUUUCAGCUCUCAGAAGCUAAACUGGAACUAUCACGCUGAGGUUCAGGCUUUCAGCAUCCGCCUCCAUGAGAACUUCUCCCUUGAGCUCUUGAAAACCGCCUUCAUAAACCCUUGUUACCUGCAUGCGGAGCAGGAAAAGAGACAAAGCUUAGGUGUGGACUCCGAGACCACCGCUCUCAAUCUGAAGGAUAACACUCAACUGAGUCAAAAGGGAGAAGAUUUCACCCAAAGCUUCUUGACUGACUGGUGCAGGGCCAGUUUUCCCAGUCUGCCAAGUGAAGGAGUGGACAGCGUCGUAGGGCACCUCACCAGUUGUGCGGUCAUUGCCCAUGUUGCGAGGAAUCUUGGCACUGACGACCUCACCAUGAGUGCAGAGUGCCCUGUACCUGAAAGUGUACUUCAUUCUACAUUCAUGGCAGUAAUCGGAGCUCUGCAGGAGAGCAGUGGUGCAGAGCGGACAGGGUUUUUCCUCAGGGUGAGAGGCUUGAAGGAGAUUCAUUGCAGGAAUCUUGUAUUAGGGAUAUUCCGGUGUAAAAUUAAUUUAGGGUCAAACACACCAUAACACUGAGUUAGACACCCCCUCGAGAGAUGAAUGUUGCCGACUGCUUGCUUCUCUAGUUAUACCAACUUUAGUAAUGACCACACGAUAACAAUGCACAGCAGUCUGAGGAGCCACACACAAAUCUCAACCAAAACGCCACUCUAUAGCCACAAAUAAUGCUCAGAACAGCACCUAACUUCAUCAACUGUACAUUUAGGGUCCCAGCCACAGCACUAGUCACCAAACAUCUUUUUAGCUUUGCAUGAUUUCUUUAGCAAAGGUUUUAACACAACUCACCUACUUUCAUCCAGCAGCCGCUUGUUUGUAGUGAGACCUCGGGCCAGUCCAUUACGGACUGCAGCGGGGUUACGCAGCUCAAGGAAGAACAUUUAUGAUCAUUUCUUCAUGGAAAGCCAAUCAGACCGAGACCCUAAGACAGAAGUACUACCGCAUCUGCAGUGCAAAAUGAUUGAUAUGAUGAUUAUUACUUCAAGGAAAUGAUGAAGAAAUGAUCAUAAAUAUUCUUCCUUGAGCUGCGUAACCCCACAGCUGUCCGUAAUAAACUGGACUGUGGUCUCACUACAAACAAGCGGCUUCUGGAUGAGAGUAGGUGAGUUGUGUUUAGUCUCUUUGCUAAAGGAAUCAGGCAAAACUAAAAUAAAUGUUUGGUGGCUAGUGCUGUGGCUGGGACCAUUUAUGUACUAUUGAUUAAGUUAGGUGCUGUUCUGAGCAUUAUUUGUGGCUAUAGAAUGGUGUUUUGGUUGAGGUUUGUUUAUGGCUUCUCAGACCGCUGUGUAUUGCUAUUGUGCUGUCGUUACUGAAGUUGUUAUAACUAGAGAAGCAAGUGGUCGGCAACAUUCAUCUCUUGAGGGGGUGUCUAACUCGAUGUUAUGGUGUGUUUGACCCUAAAUUAAUUUUAUGCCAGAAUAUCCCUGUAGUGAUGUCUGUCCGUUAAACUUUUUUGUGUGUACUGUGAUAUAACAGUUUUCUUUGUUUUCCCUCACUGUAGGAUUUCUUGGCUAGUCAGCUGAUAGGGAAGGACCUGUUUGAUAUGUGGACAGUUGUAAAUCCUAUGGGUUUACUCGUGGAAGAACUGACAAAGAGGAACAUCCCACUGCCAGAGCCUCGCCUCAUCAGGUCUGCUGGAGCCAGCACUGUCCUACCGCUGUACUUUGUCGGCCUGUACAGGUGUGUGUGCUGCAGUCAAUAAACAGAUUACAUAUUGAAGUGUUAAGUGUAAAAUGUGCUUAACAUAUAUUUUCUGUUUGUUUAUUGGUUUAUCAGUGACAAGAAGCUUCUGGCUCAGGGUCCAGGAGAGACAGUCUUCGCAGCUGAGGAAGAAGCAGCCCGUGUUGCCCUCCGAAAACUCUACGGCUACACUGAGAACCGCAGACCCCUUGACUUCUCUCCACAGCAGCAUCAGAAUCCCUUAAUUCAAUCAGCCAUUAGCAAUUAAUAAUGUUCAGUUAUUAUGAUUAUGAUUGUGUUCAAUUAUCAAGACUGUUUAUGAUGAGUAUUUGAAUGGCAUUUUCCUCAUAUGACCGAGAGCAAAGCUAAGCCUUAAAGGCCACAUAAAAGAUAUAUAAAAUGUUUCAUAAUAUUGUUAGGAGUAAAGACCUCUGACCCUACAGCUUACUUUGGCUAUAACCAAAAGGUCCAGUGGUCCUUGGAAUAAAGUGAGAUUGAUGUCUGGUUGUCCUUGUAAAUAAUCCAUUUACUGUCACUCUAACUUACACUGUCAUGACAUGUUUUUGUCAUGUAUUAAAAAGUUUAAAGUAUGUGUGCAUCAUU